AUGACUGAUGCUGGAACGUUACUCGGAUAUUCAAUUGUUGUCCUAUUUCAGGUCAUCGCAGAUAGUUCAAAGGAAUCAGUAAAUCUAGGGGACCAUUUCAAUCACAUACCUAUUGAAGUUCUACCGUUUGCUGCUUCAUGUGUGGCGCGCUCUCUGCCGCGAACAGAAGGUGGCACUGCGCAAAUGAGGAUGGCAGCGAAUAAGUGUGGACCCGUGAUAACAGAUAACAACAACUACAUCAUUGAUUGGGCAUUCGAGAAGAAUAAGCCACAUGAUUGGAAAGAAAUCCAACUCAGACUCGCUAACACACCAGGUAUAGUGGAAACAGGUCUAUUCAUUGAUGUAGUUGACAAGGUAUAUUUUGCUUAUCCCGAUGGAAAUGUGAAGGAGGUUGACGCCAAGAAAAAACAUUAG